GUCCCUGCUUUUCAGUGGGUAGCAUGCCUUAAUAAAGUAAAACAGAAAGGUUUUUUUUUUGGUUACAAAAUUAUUAACAGGUAAAGCGAUUUAAUAUGCAAGGGCCCCCCUUUUUGAUUUAAUCAUAUCUGGACGAAACGACAGCUGCCGGUCAUUUGCAAGAUUUGAACGUUUGCUAGCAUGAUACAUCUAACGUUAGAUGUUUAUGUAUCUGUUUUGUUUUUAGCAAUAACAUCAAGCUAACAAACACAUCUGCUCACAAAAAAAGAAGAGUAAUUUAAAGGUGAGAAGUAGUUCAGUAGAUUUCUCGGUAGUCAUAGUUUAAAAAAAACGGAAUGCCAGCGCACUCGAGAGAAAAGAAGGAGAGCAACCAUGAAGAGAUGGAGGUGGAUUUCGCAGAGCAAGAGGGGAGCAGCUCAGAAGAUGAGGAUACAGAGAGCUCUUCUGUCUCUGAAGAUGGGGAAAGUUCAGAAAUUGACGAUGAGGAUUGUGAAAGGAGAAGGAUGGAAUGCAUAGACGAAAUGACUAAUCUAGAAAAACAGUUCACUGAUCUCAAAGACCAGUUAUAUAAAGAGAGGCUGAGUCAAGUUGAUGCCAAACUUCAGGAAGUGAUGUCAGGAAAGGCACCAGAGUACCUGGAACCCCUUGCAAAUCUUCAGGAGAACAUGCAGAUUAGAACUAAAGUUGCAGGUAUCUACAGAGAAUUGUGCUUGGAAUCAGUGAAGAAUAAAUACGACUGUGAAACCCAAGCAGCGUUCCAGCACUGGGAGAGUGAAAAACUGUUAUUAUUUGAUACGGUUCAAAGUGAACUAGAGGAGAAGAUCAGACGUUUGGAGGAAGACCGUCACAGCAUAGAUAUUACCUCAGAGCUCUGGAACGAUGAGUUACAAUCAAGAAAAAAUAAGAAGAAAGAUCCCUUCAGUCCAGACAAAAAGAAAAAGCCUGUCGUUGUGUCAGGCCCAUAUAUAGUUUACAUGCUGCAAGACCUGGAUAUACUGGAAGAUUGGACUGCUAUUAGAAAGGCCAUGGCAACAUUAGGACCUCACAGAGUAAAGACUGAUGUCUCUUCAAAGAGUGACAGACACCAGCACAAUGCCCGCUCAGAGGACGUACGCUUGUUUUACGACGGGGAAUGUUACAGCCGUGGACAAGCCAUAUGUAUCGACAAGAAAGACGAGUAUCCUAUGAGCGCGUUAAUAACUACAGUCAAUCAUGAUGAAGUCUGGUUUAAGCGAGUCGAUGGGAACAAGUCAAAACUCUACAUCUCACAGCUUCAGAAAGGCAAAUACACCAUAAAACAUGCCUGAUCUACCUGAGAUCUGAUUAGAUGUCAGGAUGGCAGUCUGUCAUGUUUAAUAGUGCCAUUUUAUGUACAGUAUAUCAUGAUUUAAAUACCUUUUUGAUGUUUAAAAACAUAUGUUGGUGUAUUAUCUGUCAUUUGAAAUGUGAGGAAAGUUUAUGUUAUUUUAUUGUAUAUUCAGUGCAAUACCAUUAAUAAGAUUAUUGCACCAAACAGGUCAAAAAUGUAGUAUAAUUACUACCAUGAAAUGUGGGACUUUUGUAUUUCGAUGACUGGGCUCAUUUUCCAUUUUAGUUCUGCUCAGUGGUGUUUGAACCCAAUUCUAAUGAGUAGUGAUUUCUAAUGCCAUGUCUGGCUACCAAAUGGUUUCCUACUUUUUUACAUUUCUGCCUCAUCACUGUGUUCCGAUACAAAUGAUAUGCCACAAUUUGCAUUUGCCAUUCUUGGUGGCUUUUUUUUCUAACAGUGUAAUGAAAUGGUCUUGCUUGUGCGGCAUCUUAUAUGAAAUAAAGCUAUUUGAAGUAUUUUUAGGAGUGAAAAAACAAGACGACGUUAUCACACCUUUUCAGAGUCUCAGCUCUUCAAACAGCUGUUUUCUGUUCAAGAUGUGAUCUUGCUGCUCUAUUUACAGUCUAAACAAGCCACAAAUGUGGUGAAUACUUUAUAUAAUUCAUUGUAAUGGGCAUUUCAGUUCUGGUCAUUGGUUCAGUGUUGUCAUGUGGGGUUAUAGCACCACCCUUUGGUUUCAUUGUUGUACUGUUCCUGUUGUUUUUUUAUGCCUUUUUUCUUGAUUUAUCCAUACUUUUGAAAAUUCUGUGCUGAAUGUUGUUUUUUUCCAGUUAUGAAUUUACAUUGAACAGACUUUCAAA